UAAAAUUUGCGUGUGUGCCAUUGACUACCGACCGAAAACAACAUGGCGGUACAGAUCGAUCAUUUUCAAUAUAUUUUUACUAUCUCGUGUUUGGAUAUUCGGCUGCGGUAGAACUUAACUUAUUUAUUUAAGGUCACGGGGAAAUAUAUUUGCACGGUGGUUUAACAAUACAGGUUUACGUGAACUGUAGACACUAUUAGUUUUAAAUUGUUUUUAUGUUAAAGGACAUCGCUGGUAAAGGAGUAUUUAAAAGACAUGAAUCGCUCAAGAUAACUUCUUUGAAAACAAGAAACCAAAAGAUACUAAGCCCACUUUGAGUAAUGUUAAAAUUCAAUCAUAAAAAGUGUGCCAAAGGAAUACAAUACAACGGCGAAUGUGUGAGAUAAGAUAAGUAUCGCAAAUAUGACUGUAUAAAUAUUUUCUUUUAAUAUCGGCUGAAAUCAAUUUGUGUUAAAAAAAAGGACAAAGCCUAUUCUAAAUAAGACUUUAGCCUACAAAGUGGGGACAUCAGUUAGAGAUUUAUGCUUUGGUAACAAUGAUUCGGAUAUGAAAAGAUAGAAUUUAUGAAGAAUUAAGUUACGUCCCUACCAGCGAAUUACUUCUGUUUUCACCAGUGAAUUACUUCUGUUUUCACCAGAGAAUUACUUCUGUUUUCACCAUAAAAUUACUUUUGUUUUCACCAGUGAAUUACUUCUGUUUUCGUCAAUAAACGGAAUCCACGUACAGAAUGAUACCUUUUCUACAAAGCGAUCAACAUGUAAAUGCAGUUUUGUGACUUGAAAUAAAACAGUUUACGCUGUUUGUUUGCAGCACGUCAGUAGAUUGGGUACAUGUAACACAUACCCUCUUAUAUAUUAAAGCGGCAUGUCUACAACUGGAGAAAAAGAAAGUGAAGUAAAAAAACACCAUAGAAAUACUUUAUUCAGAUAAUUAUGUCAAUGUCAAUGUCUACAAAAGUUUUUCUCAAGUCUUAAAACAGGAUUUAUUUUGAUGUUUUGACUAAUAUUUGCAUAAUAGAAGAGUUGAUUUCGUGUAAGAAGUACCUUGUCCAAACAGUCUUCGGAAUCCAAUAUAUACUUAUGUUUCGAUCUGACACUACAUACGUCGUUGAAAAUACCGUGGAAGUUGAAAUAUCCGUUACUUACUUUUUGCUUUGGAAAAAAAUGCUAUCACAAACGUACGAAAAUCUACAUUUCCUAGUAUAUAAAGUGUUUUAGUAUAGAGAGAGCAACGGUACGACUCUAGUAACAGAGACGGGGAAAACGUUCAGAAGAAAAGCAAACCUUUAAUAUUUAACGUUAAAGGGCUUAAAGCGUUAACGCCAUGACAAAUAGAACCUAUGUACGCCCAUAUAGCGCUGGGACGGAAAUCAAACGGCCGCGGCUGAAGCGUGUUGAAGUGUGUUUUGACGAGGCUCCGCCCCCAUCGCCGGUAGUGGCACUACAUAAUGGGAUACGUCCCCAUGGCGGGUAUAGAGGAGCUAAGCCCCUUCCACCGGGCCAGUUUUCGUUCAACAAGGACGAGCACUAUCAACAGGACGUUGAGGAGGCCUACAGCAUUCUAGUCAACAAUGAGAACUUUGAGUCGCACGGCGCCCCCUACUGGGUAUCCGACGUUCAAAGGGAGGUCACUCAUAGCGGGGAGUCACCGUUAUUUACGAAUAAACUCUUCCCUACCGGCAAGUUUGAACAAGAGCACGGGGUAAUCAACUUCGAGCGCGCGUUGCUAAGCAGCGCGAGCAGCCGACGGCGUCCGACGGCAGCACCUCGCCGUCGGCACCUGAACGGCCGUCGGGAGUUUUAUCGUCCGAACAGCACUCACCAAUACCUGUCGGCGACAGACUUGAGGAACAUGAACGAAAACGAAGAGAUUCUCGGGAAAUACGGCCGUCCGACGAGAACCACGUUAUUGCGGGCCCGACAAAGGACCCACUCAGCCCCGGUAAAUGCAUAUGACCUUCGAAGGGAAAACAACAAGCGCGCUGAAGAAAUAAGGAACAACUCUUUGUUUCAAACAUCGAAAGAUGUGUUUGAAAGGGAACAAACUCGAAUUAGUUACAGGUAUAUCAACAUUUUCGCUACUGACGGCGAGACGAUGCACUCGUUCCUCACAGGUGCCCGCUAUAACAGGGCCCACCUACUGGACUCGAAGGGCCUCACGGUGUACGGGGUGUACAUGCCCAGAGAGAAUCCUACCGAGUGCUUCAUCACGGGGCAGAGACGCAUGAGGGACGUAGGGGAUGAGAUCCCGUCAGCGCCCCCUGAUUCACCGCGGUCCGAUACCGACGAACCUACAUCCCCCGUGAUAUCAAGGCCUGCGUCAUCGAAGCACGCCAAUCAGGUGCGUGCUAACCACACCUCGUCGCGACCCGGUUCCAACAGGCCGACAACCAAACAGUCCUCAAGACCGCCUUCAAACAGAAAAUUACGCGGCGGCUCAUCGACGCGGCCUAAAAGCGAGACCGGCAGUACUCGGUCGCUGCCACAGCGUCCAAGCGAGAGUCCGAAACGAGAACUUCCGGUUCCAAGCGAGGUGACACUUGAGAUGCCGGAUCACAUCAACAAAGGCAAAGGCGGUGUGUAUGUAACCCUAAGAGGCCAGAAACUUAUGGAGUCGAUCGAUUCCAAGUUGCCAAGGGUGACCGGCAUCUCUCUACCGAAGAUCAGCCACAAGUCACGUGACCACGUGGACGAGUUCAUGUUGAUGAAUCAACCCCCACCUACCCCCGUGGAUGCCUCCCUGGCGGGUGGAGAGAGUAGAGGGAAGCAGGACUUGUCCAGCACCGCUACUAGAACCGUACCUCAAAUCGAUGAAAAUGUCAAAGACGAGGCGGAGGAAAUGGAAAAGACGCCUCAACGUUCCAGCAAAGAUAACGACGUCGUUCAUAGCGGCCACGAAAAUAUGGAAGAUGAACACGAUAAUGUUGAUGUUAUCAAGAUUAAAUCUGAAGACAAACCUAAAGUCAUUAGUCAAACGAUAAUAGUGGAGAAUAAACUGACUGAUAGAAAAUCUAUGGAGAUUGGACCUGUAAAGAAAGUUAAUUUUAGUGAUUUACAAAUGCCAACUGAGUCCAACGAUGUCCUGGCUAAUGAUGACUCUCAGAGAAAUAGAUCAGCAGUUGACGAUGCUGAUAAUAAAGAUUCAGACAAGAAGAACGAAGUAAAUGCUGAAAACGUGGUAUUUUUCGUUACUGAAAAAGAUGUGGGAAACGAAGAAAACGAAGAUGUAUCACAUUCUGAUAAUGGCAAAUCAUUUGAAGACGUUAAACAUACAGAAAGUAAUACUGAGGAUUAUUCUGAAAAUAACGAACCAACUGAGGAUAACAGUGGGGACGAUCGGUUGAAUGCAGUUGAAGAUGUGAUAAAAGUUGAAAUAUCUGAAUUAGCAAAAGAAGGACAUAACGGCUCUGUAAAAGACGAGGACGACAUUGAAGAAGAAUUGCCGGUGACAUCGGAAGAUUAUCCCUUCGCUUCUUCGAACUGACGAGAUAUUGAUAGAUACGUAUAUGUUUAAACGAAGGAAAUACUAAUGAGCUUUCUGGCUCAGAUGUAAGUAGUUACAGCUCAAUAUUAUGAGAAUUGUAAUACAUGAAAAUGUGUUAUGAACGAAACAAUUAUUUGACAGGCGAAACACGAGCUUUAUAGCAUUUUAUAACAAAAGUAAUGACAUUCAUGGAGUUUAUAAUAAAUUAUAUAUUAGUCCCCUACCGUUGAAAUCGGGGUGUGGGUGGACUAAAAGUUUACUCCCGGUCCGUCCGCUUGGCCGUCUGUCCGUCCGAAACUAGAUACUGCAAUAAAACACACAAUUAUAUGGUUACAGUGUCGUAUGUGGAAUAUGUACAUGUACGUUAAUUUAGCUUAGUCCGCCCGUCUCUCUGUCCGUCCAAAAUAUGGAUUCUGCAAUAACUCACAAAGUACAUUAGCUUGGUUGAUGAAACUUCAUACACUGAUAUAUGGUCAUAGGGGCAACAGACACGAUAUUUAAGUUUUCUCUAUGGGGCAACAGACACGAUAUUUAAGUUUUCUCUAUGGGGCAACAGACACGAUAUUUAAGUUUUCUCUAUGGGGCAACAGACACGAUAUUUAAGUUUUCUCUAUGGGGCAACAGACACGAUAUUUAAGUUUUCUCUCCCGAUCUUCGGUAUGUUCGUCCGUCCGAAAAAUCUAGAUCCUGUGAUAUUUCAAGACGAACUUAAGCAUGGUUGAUACAUCUCAGUAUGCGGACACAGAGCCAUAUUGGGAAUAUGCAGAUCAUUUCUAUGUUUUCGGCAGAAUAAAAUUGUGGUUGACAUUGUGACAGAACUGAUCGAAAACAUACAUCUGGAUCCUGCGAUUAUUCAAGUGUACUUUAGCUAUGUUUGUAACUUAUUUAGGUCCUGUUCCUAGUCUGUCAAAAUAUCCCCGAUUGUAAGCAUGUUUUUUUGUUUAUGUUUUCAUUUAGUUAAUAAAUAUACUGGCACAGUGUUUUAAAUAUGAACCGAUGCCAGAAUGUACAAUAUAACUACGUGUCGGUUAUAUGGCAGACACAUUCUUGUGUUUUUGUUGUUAAAAAUCGCAAUAAAUUAGCUAUAACCGCUCUGGUAUAUUGUUACGGCUUCAUACGCCUGUAUAGUAAUAAAUCUUAAUCUGCAAUUUGAAUAGAUGAGGGCAGGUAAUUGGAAAAAUAGUCUGACACUGUCUGGAAAUAUCUACCGUGAUAUGGUGGAAAUACGGUAUUAUCUACCGUGAUAUGGUGUAAAAACGGUAUUAUCUACCGUGAUAUGGUGGAAAUACGGUAUUAACUACCGACAUACGGUAUUAUCUACAGGGAUAUGGUGGGCAUACGGUAUUAUCUACCGGGAUAUGGUGGAUAUACGGUAAUGUGCAACUGGCGCUACAUACAACGUACACUAUUUAGCAAAUGUAUGUUUAGAAAAUGAUUGUUUGCAUUACAAUUUCAUAUGUGAACACGUCCGUAUUGGGUUGGUGUCACUCCCUAUAAGUCGACGUUAAUUGUGCUUGAUAACAUUAUGUUGAAAAAGAAAAGCGUAUUGAAGUAAAACAAAAAGCGUUUUGAAUUUAAAUUACGCACGGGCCAUACGAGGGAUGGUCUAAACUAAAAUGUUACGAGCUGAAAACAAGUGAAUAUUGCAAUCAUAUCUGACUGCUUUUCAAUACGUUAUUUAUAGAGCCUUGUUCUAAACAAACUGGACUUAACCCAUUUAUGCCUAGUGGACUCUCCAUUCCUUCUAAAUUGGAUCAAUUUAUUUCCAAAAUUAGGGAUGUCUUGUAUAUUUAUUUCUAUAUUUAGAAUAUUUAGAAUAUUUCUUACAGAAAUAUCUUUAAGCAAACAGCGCAGACCCAGAUGAGACGCCGCAUUAUGCGGCAUCACAUCUGGGUCUUCGCUGUUUGCCAAGGCAUUUUUUUUCUAGACGCUAGGCAUAAAUGGGUUAAUGUAUGUGCGUAAAGUGUCGUCUCGGAUUAUGCAUAGGCUAAUCAUGGGCGCCACUUUCCUCAUACACUUGAUCUGGGCGCCACUUUCCUCAUACACUUGAUUUUUUGUUUUGAAGAAACAUCCUUUAAACGAAAACUAUAAAAGUGAAAAGUGAAAUCUGGGAUGAAGUGUGCCUAAAUGUACCAUGCUUUAUGUCUUCUUAAUAUGGCAAACAUUUAAUUUAUUAAGCAAUAUAUGUGCCAAAUUUACUUUUCACUUUGCUUCUACAUUUAAGUUUGUAUGCCAAAAUAAAGUAUGUGAUAUACGGCAUUAUUUAAGUACGAUUGUUAAAAUUCGCGGUGAUAUUUGUAUGUGACGAGUUGUGUGAUAUUCAUAAUAGAUGUGUAUUUAUAUUAUGCGUGUUCGUGAAAAUGAAUGUCGCUGAAAUUUGAAAGAAUAUAAUAUGCUUCAUUUUCAAAAUUAGUCGAAUAUUGUGUUAAGACGUUUACUUGCAAGGUUAUGUUUACAUUCAACAAGUAUGAUAGCAGUGUAUGUCUUUCUAGCUCAGUACAAUAAGUUGUUUUCAUUUCUCUGUAAGAGUAAUUGAAAGCGCCUUUAGGUAUGUUUUGUAUAGUCGUUUCUUCAUGAAUCCAACAGUGUACUAAACAUUACUAAUUGGCAAAUAAUAAAUGUUCAUGGAAAAUGUGCAUGUAUAUUUGAUGUUAUUUAAACAGUCGUUAUAGUAAACAGUAUUGUCAUGCAUAUAGCCGUCGUAUAAGGAAUUAUGGAAACACAGAGAACAAAAAAUAAAUGUAGAAUUUCAAA